AUGGAAGAUUUCUUCUUCUCUCCACAGCAACCGUCUUCCCUCGAGCAGCCCUCCAUCAUCACAGCAGCCCUCAAAAAUACCUCUAUCACUUCACUCAGUGCCGGUUAUUUCGCCCUCGUACCUCGCCGGAAUUCUCACCGGAUAUCAAUUCUCUGCGCCACUAACAGGAGGAAGCAAUUUGGGAUCAAAAAAUUCGACAAAUUGGUGCUCGAAUCAGCCUGUGUCAUGGCAUCAAAGCUAGGGUUUUUACCCGAGCCAUUAGGGUUGUUGCUGAGGCAAUGCGUUGGCGGCGACGGCCGGCGGUGGCCAUGGAGGUGGGAAUGGAUUCUGGAACGGGUUCGGGCGGGGCUGGUCCGAUGGGUGGAGAAGGAAGGGGAAGGGGAAAUUGGGGAUGGUGGGCAUCUUGGUAAUUUGUGGGUUGGUUGGCUCGUGGUUUGUUCUGGGUAA